AUGCCGGCGAACAGCCCGGACACGGUGCAGGUAACCGUGGAGCACAUGUUCGCCUUGAACCGCGCGUGCGAGGCGCCGUUCAGGGAGCGCCUGGCCGCGCUGCUCGAGCAGCAGCGGCACGCGCAGGAGGAGGACGUCGCGUGCCUGGUCGCCGACGCGCACCUGCUGACGCUCAUGGACGUGGCGCGUGGGCUCGGCGUGCCGACGCUCGUACUUCGCACCGGCGGCGCCGCGUGCUUCCGCUGGUUCAUGGCGUUCCCCAAGCUCUGCGACAAGGGCUACCUGUCCGCUCAAGGUACACACCUGCGCAUUCAUUCAGUAGUACAUGAAAAAAAAACAGAGAAGGCAUGGAUGCCAACGUGUCCAAUCUCCAGUGGCAGAGUCGCAGCUGGACAAGCCGUUGAUGGAGCUGCCGCCGUAAGCGUCCGGGACCUGCCGUCCGCCAGCGGAGCCACCCUCGGCCUAAUGCGGGAGCUGAUUUCGCGAGCGGUGACGGCCGUGAAGACCUCGUCGGGUCUCAUCAUCAACACGUUCGACGCGCUGGAGGCCGACGAGCUCGCGUCGCUCCGGCACGACCUCGCCGUCCCGGUGUUCGACAUCGGCCCGCUCUACGUGCACUCGCCGGCAGCCUCGAGCAGCCUGCUGCAGCAGGACCGAGGGUGCCUGGACUGGCUGGACGCGCAGGGCCCUGCGUCCGUGCUUUACGUCAGCUUCGGCAGCCUCGCCAGCAUGUCCGCCGCGGACCUCGUGGAGACGGCCUGGGGCAUCGCCAACAGCGGCCGCCCCUUCCUCUGGGUGCUCCGGCCAGGCCUCGUCCGCGGCGCGCCGCCAACGCAGCAGCCGCCGCUGCCUGACGGCUUCGACGCGGAGACGCGCGGGCGGGGCAUGGUGGUGAGCUGGGCGCCGCAGGAGGAGGUCCUGGCGCACCCUGCCGUGGGCGCGUUAUGGACGCACUGUGGCUGGAACUCCACGCUGGAGGGCGUGUGCGCCGGCGUGCCGAUGCUGUGCCGCCCGUGCUUCGGCGAUCAGAUGGGGAACGCGCGGUACGUGGAUCACGUGUGGCGGACCGGAGUCUCGCUCGACGGCGAGCUCGAGAGGGGCAAGGUGGAGGCGGCAAUCUCGACGAUGAUGGGGUCAGGCGAGAGCGAGGCCGGCACCGAGCUGCGGGGGAGGGCACGGGAGCUCAGUAGAAGAGCGGCGGAGAGCGUGGCCAAGGCCGGAUCGUCCGACCUCAACGUCGACAAGCUGGUGAACCACAUCCUGUCCCUCUAG